AUGUGUGCAGUUUUAGAAAAUAACAUUUUGCAAGAGCUGAAACCUAUACUAGGGCAACUAGUUCAAGAAGCUAUGAAAGAAGCAUUAGAUGGGAUAUACAUGCGUAUACAAAACACAGCGGGAAGCAAGAAUAAUGUAAAUGAAACAAAUAAUAAGGUUAUGGAAAAUCAAAUCGGCAUGGAGACAAAAAACACGGCAAUAAACACGCAACAUAAUAACAUAAAGAAUACUGUACCACAAAGUACCGCACCCACCACAGCUACCUAUCAACAGAUGGCAGCACGAAAUUCCAAAACAAAUGGAGUGCAAACUGUCAAUCACAAACAAACACAAGAUAAUAAUAAAACAAGAAAAACUGAUUACAGCAAUAAUACGCUCAUAAUUAAAGACAAGAAUGAGCAAGGUAACGCAGUGAAUAUAUAUACGCAGAUAAAAGGCGCUAUAGACCCAUCUAAUCUGGAAAUUGAUAUAGUUAACCUAAAAGUAAACAAACAAAACCUAUUUAUAACCUGCAAAGACCAGGAAUCGUACCAAAUACUAAAAACUAAUGUGGAAAGAAUUAUAGACACUAACAACUGGGAAAUUUCCAAAGCGAAUAAGUUUAACCCAAAACUAGUAAUAAAAGAAGCAAGAACAGAUGAUGUUACAGAAGAUUAA